AUGUCUAUGUCUCAGAACGCCAGUAACAACUCUGAUUCGACUUUCGCUUCAUUCAUAAACAGCAUAGAAAACGUGGGUUCUGCGUCUUUCAGCAAUGAAGGGGAGCGGAGACAGGCGCUUCAGGCAGCCCAAGCCCUGUUGGUCCGCCUGGAGUCGCCAUGGGACACAGCGAUGAGACUGAACAUGAGUCAGCCUGCUGUCGGGGCUGCUUUGAGAAUAUUCAAAGACUUGAAAGUGUUUGAGAGAUGGCACGAGCAAGGCAACGAACCACUCACAAGCGCUCAACUCGCCGGGAUCAUUGAAGAGAAAUGCGAUCCGACUCUGCUAUACCGGCUGCUGCGCUUACUUGCUGCGAAUCAUCUUGUCGAAGAGGUGUCGGUGGGAACCUUCAGGCCAUCGCAAUUCGGCACCGCAAUCACCGCUCCCUUGUUCGAUGGGCUUUUCAAAAGCUACUACGAAUUGAUACUGCCGAUAUAUCUGAACCUGCCGAAGUUCUUGGCCUCAACAAGCUACAAGAACCCGCAAGAUCCAGAACAAUCACCAUUCCAAUUCGCACAUGAUUGGAGAGGGAGUCUUUGGACAUACUACCAGGCUCAUCCUGAAAAACAAGCCGAGUUCAAUCUCAUACAGCAAAGUAUUGCUUCGCUUCAGCCUGCCUGGACGGACAUCUUCCCAACAAGUAGCUUCUUGGACUCCGACCCCGCGACGCCCCUUCUCGUUGAUGUCGGGGGCAGCGCUGGCCAUGACAUCUUGAAGUUUACAGAACUUCGCCCCGAGUUGGCCUCUAGGCUUUAUCUUGAAGACUUCGAGUCUGUGGUGGACGCAGCUCAGAUGCCAAACGGUGUGAACAAGGUAGCCUAUGACUUCUUCACUCCACAACCGGUCAAAGGAGCGCGUGCGUAUUACAUGCAUUCCAUCCUUCACGAUUGGUCAGACGAGCCUGCUAGGAAGAUACUUCAAAUGCAGAAAGAUGCUAUGACACCUGAAUACAGCAGUCUGCUGCUUCACGAUCACAUUGAUGUUGAAGGUCCCGCUAAUCCACAAGCAACUGCUUUUGACAUACAGAUGAUGGCAAUGGUGGCUGGAAGAGAACGCACAGAGAAAGACUGGAGGGAUCUUCUUGAGUCGGUGGGACUGGCCAUUGUGAAAAUUUGGACAAUACCUUCUGCCCCUCAGAGUAUCAUCGAGGCUAAGUUGUUGACCUAG